AUGGGGCCCUCUCAGCUUGUCCGUGCCCCUCGGCCUAGGGGCAUGAGUUCUCCCUACCACAGGCCAGGUAUGGGCUUGUCCCGUCGCCGGGUUACCAGGAUGUUCAAGUGUAGCCGCAGGACAUACCGGCAGAAACCCCGAGGCCCAGCUGCCACCACCGUAGCUACAAACAACAGCAACACUCCCACUGAUACCACCACCAGUGUGUGGAUCCUCUCACCUCAAGUUCUCAGACACCUCUGUCAACCUGGGGGCUUUCUGAUCCUCUAG